AUGGACAGACGGCUCCUGGAAGCAGCCACAUCUGGUGAUUCCAAAUCAAUGAAAGACAUGGCUUCGCGGGAUGCAAGCAUUCUACUUAGAACAACUCCACAAGGGAACACCUGCCUUCACAUAUCUUCCACUCAUGGUCAUGAGGGAUUCUGCCAGGAUGUGUUGGUGCUAAACCAGACUCUCCUCUCCAAGGUGAACUCUGACAGGGAGACACCACUUAUAGCGGCGGUGAUGGGUGGACAUGCCUCAUUGGCUUCUGUGUUGCUCGGGCGUUGUUGUAUGCUAGGAUUGAGUGAGGUAAUUUUGCAAACAGACAACGAUAGAUGUAAUGCACUGCAUCAUGCCAUCAAUUACAACCACAAGGACCUUGCGAUGGAGUUGAUAAUAGCAAAGCCUUCUCUGUCACAUGGUGUGAACAAAUACGUCGAGUCACCCAUGUUCAUGGCGGCAAUGAGGGACUUUACUGAUAUUGUUGAAAAGCUUUUGGAUACUCAUGAUUCGGCUCAUGAAGGAACGUAUGGUCACAAUGCCUUGCAUGCUGCUGCCAGAAAUGGAAAUGCAGUUAUUGCUAAAACAAUUAUGGCGACACGGCCUUUGCUGGCCACAGAAAAAAGCAAUGAUUCGAAGACUCCAGUGCAUAUCGCUGUGAUAAUGGACAAGAUUGAAGUGCUACGAAUAUUUUUGGAACAUGAUUGGUCCUUAGGACAUGUGACCCACAAAGAGGAGUAUGUGAGUUCUCUCCUUUUUACUGCCGCGUGCCGGGGUAAUGUUGGUAUUGCUCGAGAGCUUCUCAAGCACUGUCCCGAUGCUCCCUAUCGCCUGGAAUCUGGUAAGACAUGUCUGCAUGUGGCUGUAGAGGGAGGUCACACGGAGUUUGUUCAGUUUCUUUUGAAGGAAGCACAACUUCAGAAAUUGGUGAACAUGCGAGACGGAAAUGGUAAAACUGCUCUGCAUCACGCAGUCAAUAGGUGCAAUCCAAAAAUUGUUGCGGCUUUACUCUCUCGCAAAGAGACAAACUUCACAAUAUAUGACAACCAUGGGGAGUCAGUAAUUUGGCAACUACGGAAUGCCACAGAUCAUGCCAAGACCUUAAACUGGGAGUGGCCUCGGAGGGACAUGCUUCAGCCUGAGGGGAAGAGUGGCCUCCUCCACCUCCUAAAGCAAGGGCGGGGGAUGGUGGUGGUGUGUGAACAGGGCAAGACACCGACUGUAAUGAAGUGGCAAUGCUUAUAUCCAAUGUGCUCCUCGCUUUCUGUUGCUUUCGUGUGCAUCAUUGCAAAGUGGGAGGAUACGGAGUUCCUGAUUUAUUAUCAAUCAUUUACUAAAAAGCUUAUGUGGUUUGCAUACAUAGCAACAACCACAGCAUUUGCAACUGGAUUAUACACGGUGCUAGCCCCUCGUCUCCAUUGGUUAGCUAUUGGAAUUUGCUCACUACCGGUUUUACUCCCAGUUCUUACUAAAGUGCUCGGUGAAUGGCCUGUCUUGAAGCUCAGAUUUCGGUUGGGCAAAAGUUUCAAGUCUGAUCUGCUUGACAUGGUCUGACCACAACGAUUUUUCCUAUGG